UUCUACAGAGAACCAACUGGCAGAAAUAUUAAGAGAGUUUCAAUCAAGAAGCAAAGCCAAAGCGAUCUGAUAUUAGGUGGAUACGUGCUGAUUCUGUUGCUUUUGUUUGUUGGAAACUCUCUAACGCUCCUUGUUAUGUUAUUAAACCAACGAAUGAGAACAAUUCCAAACAUGUUCGUAGCAUCACUCGCUGUUUCUGACCUAUUAUUAGGCCUUUGCAGUUCAGUGCCUUUUGGCAUUCCAGCAUUAGUAACUUCCCAUUGGCUGUUUAACGAUACAGCUUGCCAAUUUCAAGGUUACGUAUCUAUCAUGUUGGUUGUCGCUUCAAUUCAAACAUUGGUGUUGAUGGCAGUGAACAGAUAUUAUAGAAUCGUCAAACCAGCAAAGUAUCAACGAUACUUCACAAAGAAGAAAACCCUCAUCAUGAUUCUCGUGUCAUGGUUUUCUUCCUUUUGUGCUCCAUUGCCUCACGUGAUAAGUGGAAGAAAAAUGGUCUUUCAUCCUGCCAAGUUCUUCUGUUACCUUGGCAUAGAAAAAAGCGCAUCCAUACAUUAUGGUAAUCCGCUUUACAUAGGUGUCCCAACCUGUAUUAUUAUCUACUGCUACUUAAGAAUCUUCAUAACAGUUCGCGAUCACAACAGAAAUGCUCAUCUUCCAGACAAUCCGAUAAGCUCGGUAAACGUAGAAGAAGUUAAAGUGGCUCGCACCAUAUUUGUAGUUGUGGUCUUUUUUAAUCUUUGUUGGAUUCCAGUCUUAACAGUUAAUGUUUUGGACUAUGCAUUCCAAAGAUGGAUCUUCCCUACUGAGGUUUACAUUUUUUAUACGCUUUUGGCCACUUUAAGCAGCGCGGUGAAUCCUUUAAUUUACGGCGUGAUGAACAAGAGUUUUUGUACGAAUUAUUUGAAGCUGUUACGCUGCACGUACUGCCGAUCUCAAGUUGUUGUAGGACCGUUGGUUCGGUGAGGACAAGCGAGUACGAUGACUUUCGCUUAAAAAUAUACAGUUGGAAGUGAAUUACUUAAUAAUUUAGGUUGUGUCUCACAUUUGAAAGCUGAAAAAACGUAUUUUCUCUACUAAACAUUGACUUUCAAAUCACAACCGGGUCGAGUACAUGUAUAUGACCCCACGCUCAUAAGCAAUCAAUAGUUGACUUACGGUAAAUCCAGGAACAAAUCAGAUAAUUAGGGAUCGACGAUUACAGGACUUGAACACCAGAUGUCAGAAUUUAUGUCCAGCACUCUUACCUCUUAAUCUUCUGACGUAGGCCAUUCAUUACUCAUAAGAUCAGUUAAACGAGCUGUACGAUCAUAAGUUUAAUCAUACCAAAAAGACCUAACUACGCACUUCUGCAUCAGGGAGUUGUUCGAGUGUGCCUAAUAAUGAAGCCUAUUCUGCAUGAAUCGGGUAGAUCUUUGUUCAGCACGUGCUGCUUGUUGCUGGGAUCAGUUUCAAACGUAGGGUUACUGUCGUGCGCGUGGUACAGCUUGCUAAGUUAUGACGAUCGGUUUAUCAAUGAACGAAUGCUUACACUCGGAAAACCAGUUCCAGAAAUUCGGACGUCAGCGACUUCAAAUGCUUGACACUAUUUAAGCAGAGCCUCCUUUUGCCCUCUCAUUCAAGAAGACAACAGGAGGUUUUGUAGGCAGGUUGACCAGAGGAUUAAUAAUAAGCCGUCACACCCCAAAUGCGGAUUUUGCUACUAAAUAAUACAUGUUUGCUGCUUCGAUCCACAAAAUGGCCUUGAUGGCGCUGAACUGGUUUUACAGAAUCGUAAAACUAGCAAAUUACCGCCGCUACAUUUAUUAUUGUCUUCAUGCCAGUCAUUGUCAUAUUUUCUGGCGAGGAACAGAAUGGUUCCGUCAUUAUCCAAUAAAAAACAGUGCUGGCAUUCAUGACCUAUAGGGUCAACCAUUUUAUCUCGUGUUUCCAACUGCACCAUCUUCUGUUGCUAUCUGAGAAUCUUAAAAGCCGUUCGUAGUCCUAAUAACAAUUUGUAUCUUUCUGGCAAGGAAGUUGGUGCACCGUUUUUAUCAUAGCGGUGCUUUUACCGUGGAUCUAACCUCCUGAGGUUUCCACAUAAGGCAUAUACGUUUUUGAUCACUUUAGGCAGCGCUUUGAAUCCUCUGAUACGACCUGAUAAAAGGAGAGUUUUCGUAAGAAUUAUUUGAAGGUGCAACGCUGCACGUAGUGAGCACUAGGUAUAUAUUAGCCAAUAAUUAACAAAUAUUGAAUGAGGCUGAGGGUCAUCUGAAGAAUUAUGGAGAUCAAGGAGGUGCAUCCGCCGAGGCCGUACGCCGAGGCGGAUGACACUCUCUGAGAUCUCCGUUAUUCUUCAGAUGAUACGAAAGCCGAAUUUAAUAAUUGUUGUAUUAUUAAUUCAAAAUAAUGCCUAGUUUAAAACCAAGCUGAAACAUGCUUACCUCCAUCGAUGUAAAGUUCAUCUCCGAUAGAGCAUUUUUAAAAGCAAGUUUAGUAGAUAAAGGGUUGUUUAGGUCUGCAAAUUAAUAUUCUCCAAAUAGCAGAUGUCGUCCAUCGAGUUGUCUUCUUGCUGUUCUUGCUAUGUUUUCAGCUAAUAGUUCGCCGACUUCCAACGAGUGAAAUGUUCCACCAUUUUGUAGUCACUACCAAAACAACUCAACCUCUUCUCCAGGUCUUCUACAAUCCUCGUCAAAAAUCUUGAAACACUUGUGUCAUUUUUCGCUCCCCAAUGUUGAUUUGGGUUUGCAGUCAUUUCAGUGCUCCAAAAUACGCUCGGCUCAACAUUGGGGAUUUGAGUGAGAACAAAGGUGUGAAGCGUGAAUGUAAGAAAUUUGGAGAAAAUUCAAGACAGAUGGCUCCUGUUUCAACGAUUUGUGACGAGUAUUGUAGGUUGACGGUUCAAUUAUCUGGCAAUUUUGCUGCACGAUUGACGUCCUUUUUCACAUAUCGCAAAAUGCUUCCAAGGUCGACAAUAGUUGGUUAUGACGAAUUAUGCUUGGGAUUUUUUUCCCUUUCCCCUCCCCUCUAAACAAUAUCAUGAAUGCUGUGCCACUGUGCAAACUAACCGUAAGAAACAACAAACAAUCAACUUUUGAUGUAUUACAAAGUACAGGGAGGGGUCGGAAUUGAUUGUUUUCGAAAUAUUACUUAUUUGACGACAGCGUCUCAAUAAUAUCGUCGCCGGUUGUAGUUGAACGUUUUACGUUCGACACUUUGCUUAAAAUUAAAGUCGCAAAAGAGAAAUCUCUAGGUAGCCUAGCUAAAACUCAAAGGCAUGCUUGACAAGCUAAUUUUGUAUGAACAGGACGGCUGCGCAAAACAGAGCUGAUUGGACAGGCUGAAUGAUGAUAACCUUAUGGGCCUUCAGCUGGCGCAUAGAAAGAUGAUAUUUCUGUCAAAAUACAUCAACUUGCGAUAGACAACUGAUUAGCUCGAUCAGUUUUAAUAAAAUUCCGGCUUAAUUAGUUUUGCCCUAUUUAGCCGAUGCUUCUCUAAUAGUGAGGUGGACUCUGUCACGAACAAGCUGUUGUUUAGAAAAACCUGAAAGGAAAGACAUAAAGCGGGUAACUGAAAUUUGCUUUUUUCAUUUUUACUUUGUUCACAAUACAGGUGCAAAUUUUAUAUCGUGCACAAACAGGAAAAACACGAACACGACACAGUAAGAAUUUUACUCCACACACUCUUAUUAUUCUAUCAUUUGUAAUGGCAGUUUUAUUUAUCAAAAACAUUUCCUUAAAAUUUUAUUUGUCAAAAUGGGAAACUUAAAUGAUCAUAAUGCACUGAAAGGAUGUCUUCAAAUUGUGAGGGAUUGUUUGCUUAUAAAUUAGUACCUUCAGAAACAUUUCCAUUAUAAUUUGCAAACGUUCUCUGCAGACUACAGAAAACCGCUUCGUUUUUUCCCUUUUAAGACCCGGUUCAGACGCCGAACUUGUCAUGAGCCGAACCUAAUACAUUGAAUUAAGUACAUGAAAAGUUCGGUCUCUGAAUCAAUUAGGAAUGCCUGUUUCAAUAUGGAACGGCUCCAUCAGCCGUUCUUUUCGCCUGACCCGGCCGAGAAUUUAACCCUUUGGAUCGACUUUGGAACGGCUUUGAUUUAGACGCCGAACUUUUCAUGUACCGAACCUAAUGCCUAAAUUACGAUUAACGUAUUUUGUAAGUAGUUCCGACCGAAAUGAGCCUUUUUCUCGAUUUGAAUUUAGUUCGGCUGGAAUUAUUAAGAUCGGCGUCUGAAUCAAUUCAGCUGGUCUAAAUAAUUUGGGUCGGCCUUAAUUCGAAUUGGGUUCGGCUCAUAAAAAGUUCGUCGUCUGAACCGGGCCUAACAGUAUCCAAAGAAUUUUGGUGGGUUGUAAAUUUGUUUUCAGGAACUUCAAACCUUCGUGAUUGGAAAUUUAAUAUUUUUAACUGUUUACAUUUUUUGACUGGCCCUCUUUAGCACAGGUUUUACGAUGAAGAAAUGAAAAGGAAACGAAAAACGUGCAUUCUUUAACAUUUUUUGCUCAUUUUCUUGCAAAAUUUCAAGGUUAUGCAUAAGACCGGUAAUAGACUUAAAAUAUAUAUCACGCUCGUUUCUGCCAAACAGCCUAGCAUUCAUUUUAAUGAAUUCAAAUUUUUGGAAAAAACAUAAUUUCCACCACUAAAUUUCCGAAACUGUUUUCUUGACCAGAAUAAUCCAAUCCAAAGUAUGAGUUUAAGUGUCAACGAAUCUUACGUUUUUAGUUUAAAAAACCUUCUAAUAAACUAGCUUGUUUCGGUUCCUGACCAGUGGGAAAGGAAACUGACUGAUCGGUUUUUUAGCCAACGGUAAACAAAAUAUAUUAAGCAAUUUCUUCCAAAUGAAAAUUGACUUUGUAACUAUAAGAGCUUCAGUGUAAACUUAGCAGUCUGUGCAGGUUUUCCCUCUUUGCAUUUAAAAGCUAAGGAAAUAUCACCCUUCUGAAAAUGCGAAAUUUUGGGGUGACAAAGGGUUAUUCAAAGUCUGUAUUCUCCUAAACAAGUUGGAGUUUUUAACAUUACAUAUUUUAAACUUAUUUUGUAUUUCGGUUUUACAGUUUUGGAAGAGGUAAAUGUGCUAUGCCCUUUCAAUAUUCAGUGGCAUUUUUAAUUUUGCAACUUGAUUAGAGAACAGGAAGCGAAAGCUAACGAGAAGAAAACUGUAAACAAUGAUUAACCUGGAGAAACGUGUCUUCGCAAUCACCCUCGUUUUGAAAAAGGAGGCUUGGGGUGACUCAGAAAUGGCUUCUUUAGUUCGAGACUGACUGGGUUUAACCUUUGCAGACUUUGCAAAAAUCACUCCUUAAGAUUUACAGAAAUAUAAUCCAAGUGGCUGUGAGCCAAGAGACUCGUAAACAAUUAUGUUGUUAGUAAAUCUUAAGAAAUGUCACUGGUUCUUAUUGGAUAGUCGGAUAAUGUUAACGUUACCUUUUUACCAGAUAUUUCAAAUUUAACGCUCAUAAAGAAAUAAUAUUCAAAUUUUUUCUUCACCAUUUGACGUAAUAAUUUUAAUUUUUAAAAAUCCAAAAGGCAUAUAGUAUCAACUGUGGUUGUUUUAUGUCCUCAAUGCUCAAUGUAAUAUUUGGACGAAAUACUUUGCUUGUUAUUCUACUGUAUUAUUUGCAUAUGUAAUAGCAUGAUUAGUAGUGAUAUUUGGCAUAAAUACCACUAGUGAUAUUUCAAAAUUGUUAUAAGUAAUCAAAUUUGAGACAAUUGUGAAAUAUCACUCGUGAUAUUUUUGCCAAAUAUCGCGUACAAAUCAUGCUACUAUUUGUUUAUACUACUACGCACAAAAGGUUGUAAUUUUCACAUGUAGGCAUUUCAAAUUAAGCUGAAAUACUACUGCUCUAAGCCAAUCAAAUUGCAGAAAUUUCUCAUGUAAUAGUAUAAACUCUAUAACCUCCACCCACUUGUAACCGCUCUGUGGUAGUAGCCAACUCGAAAGCUGGGCUCCUUUUUUCUGCUACACACUUUUUCCCUUUAUUAUGUUUAAUUCAAUGUAUAGUUAGCUCUGUUUUUGCUUCUUUAGAUUUUUGUUAUUGUUGUUGUAUUGUAAUUGAAUAAGUGUGAAUAUUCCCUUCCCCCUGGAUACUAGAAUAUAUCACCUCUUUUAAUGACUUCAAUGACCUCGUUUAACACUUUGUGUAUAUAUUUUUCUAUCUACCAGGAACUGUUUCACGCAACAAAAAUGAACUACACGGCAGAGAACCUACUGGCAGAAAUGUUAAAAGAGUUUCAAUCAAGAAGCAAAGCCAAAGCUAUUCCGUUAUUGGGUGGAUACCUUCUCAUUUUGUUAUUUUUGUUUGUUGGAAACUGUUUAACACUCCUUGUUAUGUUGUUAAAUCCCCGGAUGAGGACAAUUCCAAACAUGUUCGUAGCAUCACUCGCUAUUUCUGACUUAUUAUUAGGCCUUUGCAGUUCAGUGCCUUUUGGCGUACCAGCAUUAGUGACUUCCCAUUGGCUGUUUAACGAUACAGCUUGCCAAUUUCAAGGUUACGUAUCUAUCAUAUUGGUUCUCGCUUCAAUCCACACAUUGGUCUUAAUGGCAGUGAACAGAUAUUAUAAAAUCGUCAAACCAGCAAAGUACCGACGAUACUUCACAAAGAAGAAAACCCUCAUCAUGAUUCUCGUGUCAUGGUUCUCUUCUUCUUGUGCUCUAUUGCCUUUCGUGCUAAGUGGGGGGAAAAUGGUCUUUCAUCCUGCCAAGUUCUUCUGUUACUUUGGCAUAGAAAAUACAUACAUGUAUUAUGGUAGUCCGCUUUACAUAGGUGUCCCAACCUGUGUUAUUAUUUACUGCUACUUGAGAAUCUUCUCAACAGUUCGCAAUCACAACAGAAAUGUUCAUCUUCCAGGCAAUCCGAUAAGCUCUGUAAACGUAGAAGAAGUUAAAGUGGCUCGCACCAUAUUUGUUGUAGUGGUGUUUUUUAAUCUUUGUUGGAUUCCAGUCUUAACAGUUAACGUUUUGGACGAUGCAUUCCAAAGAUGGAUCUUCCCCACUGAUGUGUACAUUUUUUAUACGCUUUUGGCCACUUUAAGCAGCGCGGUGAAUCCUUUCAUUUACGGCGUGAUGAACAAGAGUUUUCGUACGAAUUAUUUGAAGGUGCUACGCUGCAAGUACUGCCGAUCUCAAGCUGUCGUGAGACCGUUGGUUUUGGGAGGACAAGCGAGUACGAUGACUUUAGCCUAA